AUGGCCAUGGACGAUAUCCAAUAUCCAUCAGGCUUCGGCCUCAAGCACGUCGUUGGCUGGGGUACUACUGGCCUGGUGGUGCUUGACGAGUCCACAAGAACCGUUAUCAAGACUCCUCGCGACCAGGAAAACGCAUCCUUAAUCUCGAGGGAGCGGCGAAUCUACGAGCGCUUCACUGAAAAGGGGGGACACAAGGGACUCUUAAGAUACUACGGCACUUUUGAAGUUGGGAUUCGCCUGGAGUACGCUUCCAAUCAUCACCUCCGGUCGGUCAACAAAGGAAAUCAAAUCAGCGAUAAACAACGAAUAUCCUGGGCUAUUCAAAUAGCAGAAGCGAUGGAUUUUAUACAUGCGGCUGGCAUCAUCCAUGGAGAUCUGACAUGCGCGAAUAUUUUCUUCGAUGAGGGAUUCAACGCCAAGCUUGCCGACUUUGCGGGAUCGUCAAUUGACGGCUCCCCUUUGCUGGUGGGAAUAACGGCUAGUCACGAAUCUCCACGGUCCCUGCUGUCUGUUCAGGGCGAUCUCUUCGCGUUCGGCUGUGUCCUCUACGAAAUCAUGACCAAGCAAGUUCCUCACGACGGCAAGACGGAUGACGAGAUACGGGGCUUGUAUACGAGCGGUGUUUUCCCUGAUACCAGCUCCUUGGGUGCAGUGGGCCGCAUUGACGCAGCAGCAGGCAGUGUCGUCGACAGACUCUAG